CCCGGCCCGCCCCGCCCUUCCCUUCUUUGCCCUCCGGUCCCGGGCGGGUCCUGGGGGAGAGCGUGACUCUCCACACGCAUUGGGAAGCGUCCUCUUGGAGUGAAGGGGAAGGAAGAGCCCAGGCCCGAGCCCCGCGGGCAGGCUGCCAUCUGAGCAGGCCCUGGGCCAAGGACAGGCCAGAGUCCAUUCCGGGGUUCCUUGACUGUCAUGGCCAUUUCAGGUUUAGAGGGAGGAGAACCCCGAUUAUUAGCGCCUAAAAAUUUGCCCUGCUUGCGGUUAAGUUUGUUUCUGAGACUUGGAGGUGACCUGACUCGGUCACCCUUCCCCUUUAUUUUGGUGGUGGAGAGGUAUCGAGAAACACCUGCGGCUGUGAAAGCAGACUGUCCACUUCCGGGGCCUCUCCCAGGAGAAAGUCAUCAAUAGUGGGUGCGACCAGAGAAGGCCAUCCCCCCGACCACCCACCACCACAGCAAACUGAGAAAGUGUUGGCUUAGGGAAGAGCAGGUGAAGGCACCAGAACUCAAGUGAUCCCUUUGGGAAAUCCUGGGGCAGUGAUGUAAAAGAAAGAUAAAGAGGUCAGGUGGAGACGUCCCUGGGCUAAUGAUGGUGAAGAAACUGCUAUACAAAGAAGUUAAAUAGCUAUCUCAAAGGUCAUAUAAUGUCACAUCUGAAGACAAGCAUGGAGGAUGAGGACUCAGCUAAAAAGAAUGAAAACAAUUCAAGUGCAGACUCUCAGUGCCCAAAUGUGGAAAUUUUUCACAAGGAUCAUAUGCAGAAUUCUAAUAUUGAUGACACUUUUGGUUGGGUAGAGAAGCAGUUGGAAAGACCUAAAUGGAAAAUAAUGAAGGAAGACAAAAGUAGCAUCAGAGAAAAGAUUGACAAACCUAAGAACACAGCAAAUAUAAAAAUAGAACAGGAUAACGAGACAUCUGAGAAAAGUUUCUACUCAAGUACAGAUACCAUGCACCAGACCGUCCCCACGGAACCAAAAUGUACUGAACAAGGUGAACACACAGAGAAUGUUAAUGGAAGCUUACACCCUACUCCACAGCAGAAUUCUGCUGCUGAUAAGAAAUCACAUAAGUGUGAUGAGUGUGGAAAAUCCUUCAAGUACAAUUCUCGUCUUGUACAACAUAAAAUCAUGCACACUGGAGAAAAGCGCUAUGAGUGUGACGACUGUAGGGGAACUUUUCGGAGCAGCUCCAGCCUUCGAGUCCAUAAGCGCAUUCAUACUGGGGAGAAGCCCUAUAAGUGUGAUGAGUGUGGCAAGGCCUACAUGUCCUACUCUAGCCUCAUAAACCAUAAAAGCACCCAUUCUGGGGAGAAGAACUGCAAAUGUGAUGAAUGUGGAAAGUCCUUCAAUUAUAGUUCUGUUCUGGACCAGCAUAAAAGGAUCCACACCGGAGAGAAGCCCUAUGAAUGUGGGGAGUGUGGAAAGGCCUUCAGGAACAGUUCUGGUUUGAGAGUCCACAAAAGAAUCCACACAGGGGAGAAGCCCUAUGAAUGUGAUAUCUGUGGGAAAACCUUCAGUAAUAGUUCAGGCCUGAGGGUCCACAAAAGGAUCCACACAGGUGAAAAGCCCUAUGAAUGUGAUGAAUGUGGGAAGGCAUUCAUUACUUGCAGAACACUCCUAAAUCAUAAAAGCAUCCACUUUGGUGAUAAACCUUAUAAAUGUGAUGAGUGUGAGAAAUCUUUUAAUUAUAGCUCUCUCCUCAUUCAGCAUAAAGUCAUCCACACUGGUGAGAAACCUUAUGAAUGUGAUGAAUGUGGGAAGGCCUUCAGGAACAGCUCAGGCCUUAUAGUGCAUAAAAGGAUCCACACAGGAGAAAAACCUUACAAGUGUGAUAUCUGUGGCAAAGCAUUCAGCUAUAGUUCAGGCCUUGCAGUCCAUAAAAGCAUUCAUCCUGGCAAGAAAGCCCAUGAAUGUAAAGACUGUGGCAAGUCCUUUAGUUAUAACUCACUUCUUCUUCAGCAUAAGACCAUUCAUACUGGAGAGAGACCUUAUGUAUGCGAUGUGUGUGGCAAAACGUUCAGGAACAAUUCAGGUCUCAAAGUCCAUCGGAGGCUCCAUACUGGGGAAAAACCAUAUAAGUGUGAUGUGUGCGGGAAAGCCUAUAUCUCACGCUCAAGCCUUAAAAAUCACAAAGGAAUCCACCUGGGGGAGAAGCCCUACAAAUGCAGCUAUUGUGAGAAAUCUUUCAACUACAGUUCUGCCCUUGAACAGCAUAAAAGGAUUCAUACAAGGGAGAAACCCUUUGGGUGUGAUGAGUGUGGAAAAGCCUUCAGAAACAAUUCAGGCCUUAAAGUACAUAAACGAAUUCACACAGGGGAGAGACCUUACAAAUGUGAAGAAUGUGGAAAAGCCUACAUCUCACUCUCAAGCCUUAUAAAUCAUAAAAGUGUACACCCUGGGGAGAAGCCCUUUAAGUGUGAUGAGUGUGAGAAAGCCUUCAUCACAUACCGAACCCUUCUAAACCACAAAAAAAUUCAUCUUGGAGAAAAGCCCUAUAAAUGCGAUGUGUGUGAGAAAUCAUUUAACUACACCUCACUCCUUUCUCAACACAAAAGAGUUCAUACUAGAGAGAAGCCCUUUGAAUGUGACAGGUGUGAGAAGGUCUUCAGAAACAACUCAAGCCUUAAAGUGCAUAAAAGAAUACACACUGGGGAGAAGCCCUAUGAGUGUGACAUAUGUGGAAAAGCCUACAUCUCACACUCAAGCCUUAUUAACCAUAAAAGUACACACCCUGGCAAGACGCCCUAUACAUGUGAUGAAUGCGGAAAAGCAUUUUUCUCAAGCAGAACUCUCAUAAGCCAUAAGAGAGUCCAUCUUGGGGAAAAACCCUUCAAGUGUGUUGAGUGUGGGAAAUCAUUUAGCUACAGCUCACUUCUUUCCCAACACAAGAGGAUCCACACAGGGGAGAAACCUUAUAUAUGUGACUGGUGUGGGAAGGCCUUCAGGAACAGCUCAGGCCUCACGGUACAUAAAAGGAUCCACACAGGGGAAAAACCCUAUGGAUGUGAUGAAUGUGAAAAGGCAUACAUUUCACACUCAAGUCUUAUCAAUCAUAAAAGUGUCCACCGUGGAAAGCAGCCCUAUAAUUGUGAGUGUGGGAAAUCUUUCAAUUACAGAUCUGUCCUUGACCAACACAAAAGGAUCCACACUGGAAAGAAGCCAUAUCGAUGUAAUGAUUGUGGGAAGGCAUUUAAUAUCAGAUCAAACCUUACCAAGCACAAAAGAAUCCAUACAGGGGAGGAAUCUUUAAAUAUGGCAAAUAUGGAAAGUCACAGUGGCACAUUCCAGAAGAGGAUCUACUAUGAGGGAGGGAAUGCUCUGGAUGGGACCAGGAUGCAGAUGCCUAUGUGGGAGGCAGAGCCUGCCAAGUCUCAAAGGAAUCAAAUAGAAGAAAAACUUUAUGAAUGUAAGAAUUUCUGAGGUCUUUAGUCAUGGCUUAUAAUAAUCAUAGUGUGAGUGAAAGAAUUCUGAGUGAUCAUGAGCAAUUCCACAUGAUUCAGUCAUAGCAGGAACAGUUCUAGUGUCACAAUAGUUGAGCCCUUUAGGAAUAUAAAAUACCACUGGAUAUAAAACCUUUCAAAGUGAUGGAACUCUUAAAAAAUGUAGUCUGGACAUAGAACAUAAAGAUAAAGGUCUCUAGUUAGAAAUCUUAUUCACCACUACAAAGAUCCUAUUUGGAUAAAUAAGUGAAUAAGAAUGUAGAAAGUUGGUAUAAUUUUGACCUCUAUACUUUGGUCAGUGGAAAAAAGAUCCAAGAAGGGCCUCUAAUAGGCAAAUUCAGGGAGAGGAUGGUUUCAGGGAAUAUCAGUUUAUUAGUAGUCAUGAAAUUAUAGACUUAACAAUAAUGGUUUGUGGUAGGAAGAUCACAACUUCUGAAACAAUUUAGAUGUCUUAGGAAAAGAAAAGGCAUAGUCAAAUCUGUGACAUAAUCACUUUAAAAUGCAUAUUAGUUGGAGUAUACUAUUAUACUAACUGAACUAGUAAGACUGUAGAGUUUCAAAUCAAUUCCCUUAAUAUGUAAUAGAGAUAAUAAAUGAUGACCUGGGAGGUGGCAUUCACAUAUACUGAGAGAACGGAAGGAUUUCAGUAUCUUCAGUUAAGUAAGGGAACACAUCUUCAACAUGAAUUUGCACCUUACAGGAAAAAUUCAGGGACUCCUAUGAAUUAAAAAAAAUGUCUCAAAGGAAGGCAUUUUAUUACAAGAGCUAAAUAAGUACCAGUAAUUAAGAAGAAAUUCAUGUCUUAAAAACAAUAUUGUUUCAGAAAGUGUAAAAAUUUUAUGUACUACAUACAUGUGUAUAUUGUCUGUUGUAAAAUAUGAAUAUGUUCAAAACUCACUUUGCCAUAAAGGCUGAAUAGUUAUGGCAAUGUAAGGGGGGGUAUAAUAAAUGCCUCAAAUGUAAAUAGGCUGUGACUUAUUUUAGAUGGACAAAUAUAGAGAGCCAUUUGUGUGUUCCCUUGUAAGUAGUACAGAAUCUAAGCCAAAGAAGCUUCUGUCUUAUCUGUGAAUAUUCAUCUACUAAACUAGUAUCUUAGAACUCACCAGAAGUUAGAUCAUACUUAUCUCAGGGGAAAAUAGAUACAUUUUUGAAGAUAAUGCAAAUCUUCUGGGUAAGCAAUCUGAUUGUGAUAUUAGUCCGGAUUAUAAUUUGUUAGAGUGGAUAGGCUAUGUGAGUGAUCAGUCACCAUACAAUUCAUUAGGAACAGAACUUAAUAUAAAAUAUUAGUAACUAUAGCAGUAAAGACUAGGCAUUUCAAUAGUAAAAGCAGAUUCUUCUGAGUUGAGCUCCACCCAUAGUAAUUGGAGAAGUUAUCAGUACCAGGUGAACUCUCAGUUUGUUCUGACUUCAGGACCUACAAUCAUUACAAAAGACAAUCUCUAGCCAUAUCCAUCACUUUGAGGAUUCCAGUCUCUAAUUAAUAAUUCCCAUGUCUCCCUCUGGGAACACUACAGAGUACUUUGUUUCUGUUUCCAAAUUCCCACCAGUAGGUUUUGACACAUGAGGUGAAAAAAGGGAGAAUACAAUUUUGCCACUCAAUUCUGCAGUAGAAUGUCCAUACUUGGACUAUUAUACUACAUGAGAUACUGGUUAAUUUGAUCCUAUCUGUACAUAUAGUUUACUCAGCAAAUAUUUGUGGAGAAUCUGCUAGGUACAAACUACUGUCCUGGGCCCUAGGUAUUGAAAGAUGGGAGCAAGAAUUAGUUAAGACUAUGAGCAAAGUCACACUAAUACACACACACCUAAGUGUUAAAAGAGAAAAUCAGCCAACCCGGAAAAGAGGUGUGGAUAUUGGGUUAUUCUGAGGAGUAGGAAUUAGACCAUCCUGAAUAAAGACAUCAGAACAGUUCAGUAAUCGUCCUGAGUGGCUGUUUUGUGGUGAGCAGAAAGACCACAGACUAUCCAUUCCCAGUAGCCAUUGAGGAAAGGGGUUGCAUUUGCUAAAGACUACUUCUAGCUUAUUAGACAAUCCUGAGGUUUCCAUGUGCCCUAUACCCAAAGCAGCUAGUGGCUUGAAUCCUAUUCCCUUCACACUCGUGUCUCCCCAUGUAAGCUCCAACUGGAUCUAUGGCACUGCUUAGUUUCAGGGAUGACAAAAGUAAAAAUGUUGAAGCUGGCCACCUUAUAGAAAAGAUUGUGAACCCUGUGAUACUGUGGAUCAGACAAAAUGAAUUUUUGCAUAUUUUGCAAAUUCUACCAGUGAGGUACAUCUCUGGCUCUGUGGUCACUUUAAAAAUUAUAUAUAAUAUAUAUUUAAUUAUGUGUGGGGCUGUGUGCUUGCGAAUUUGUGUCUGAGGAAGCUGGAAGAAUCAGCUGGAGCUAGAGUUCUAGGUAGUUGUAAUCUGACCUGAUAAUGGAUGCUGGGAGCCCAAUUUGCAUUUGAGAGCAGUACUUUUAACUGCUAAGACCUCUCUUUAGCCUCCUUUUAGAUUGGUAUCUUGAUUACCCCAGUGUACUGCAUGCUGGGGACAACUACUACAACCUCCAUAGAUUCAGAGACAAGACAUAAAUAGUGGCUAGUGGCUUUUUGGCUUGGCCUUGAAUAUUAUAUCUAGGGUGAGAUAAAUUCAGCUUAACUCAGAUGUGUAUGGGUCUCCUGGUUGUUCCAUAAUGGACACCAUGCUGCAGAUUCAAUGAGUUUAUGUGACUUAGCCUGCUUGGACCAGUCUAUGGAUAUGAAGAGAUUAGUGAUCAUCUUUGCUUUUUUCUAGUAAAUGAUACACAAGAAGACAAAAAGCAAAAACCUUAACUUGUAAGUGAAUCAAAAUACAUUUUUAAAGUUAGCAAGGUAAGAGAGAAUUGGCAUGGUGAAAAGUAAACUGGAAUAUGGAAGACCUGUGGCCUAAAAUGCUUUUCUCUAGGAAUAUGGUCAAGAUGUUUAUAAAGUCACAUAUGCAUAGGAGGUGUCAUAGACAAGUGUUAAUAGGCUAAAGAUAAAGUUUAAAAUCUGAGAUGAAAAACCUCAAUGUAAACUAACAUUCUGGUUUUGGUAAAGAUGGGCUACAAUAUUUAGGUAUUUCCCACUGAAAAUGAAAAUCUGUUUUUUAAAAGCA